AUGGAAGUGAUGGUGAGAACCUUCAAACAAUUGUGGAGAUCCACCAACGGCUUCAAGAUUCGCAACCAUAAGGAUCACAUGGUGCUUUUUGUUUUUGACAACUUAAGUGAUGUUGAUCGAAUACUACAGAGCCAGCCAUGGAGUUUCGACAAACACUUAGUUAUGAUACAGAGAUACAAUACAGAUGUACUAGUCCAUGAGUUGGUGUUUACAAAAGCAUUAUUCUGGGUGCAAGUUCAUGAAAUUCUGGUCCAUUACAUGACUAAGACGGUUGCUGAAAGCCUUUGUGAAAUUGUCGGGGAAGUCCAAAAAUCAACUAAUGAUGUUGAUGAUGAAGAUGGUCAUUUUAUCCGAGUUCGUGUCCUAAUAGAUGUCACCUUACCUCUGUGUAGGGGACGAUUAAUUACAAUGGAGAAUGGGGUUAAAAAUUGGAUCCGAUUCAAAUAUGAAAGGUUGCCAAAUAUAUGCUUCUGGUGUGGGCGAUUAACUCACAGUGACAAGAAUUGUGACUUGUGGAUUGAUAACAAAGGCACCCUUUCGCCUGAUCAACAACAGUUUAAUUCUAGCUUGAAGGCAUCACCAUACUCGGCCAAAGGAAAAAAUGUCAUCUUUGUUCCAGAGGGUCCUAUGAAGGAAGAAAAUCCAGUUUUUAGGUACCACAGGAAGUCAGGCCACAUUCGGAGCCGGUGGUGGAUAAAACAGGGACUGGUUCACCGAAAAAUGUGUAGUCCGACAUGGAGCUAA